AAAGUGAUCAUUGUCGGCCUGGACAAUGCAGGGAAAACCACCAUCCUGUACCAAUUCUCCAUGAACGAGGUGGUGCACACCUCUCCCACCAUCGGCAGCAACGUGGAGGAGAUCGUGGUCAACAACACGCGGUUCCUCAUGUGGGACAUCGGGGGUCAGGAGUCCCUGCGCUCCUCCUGGAACACCUACUACACCAACACUGAGUUUGUGAUAGUUGUUGUGGACAGCACAGACAGAGAGAGGAUUUCUGUGACUAAAGAAGAACUGUACAAAAUGUUAGCACAUGAGGACUUGAAGAAGGCAGGUUUGCUGAUCUUUGCUAACAAGCAGGAUGUGAAGGAGUGCAUGACAGUCACAGAGAUCUCGCAGUUCCUGAAGCUGACUUCCAUCAAGGAUCACCAGUGGCACAUUCAGGCAUGCUGUGCUCUAACUGGAGAGGGACUGUGCCAAGGACUGGAGUGGAUGAUGUCAAGACUUAAGAUCAGAUGAUUUUUACUGCCCUCUUUGCACAGACAUUGCUUCAGGAGAACUG